UGGUGCUACAGUGAACCGGAUGCUAACGGAAUGUGGGCAGCUAGUGACCAAUGAGCUUCUGUCGUUUGUUAUUGUGCGGAAGAGGCGCUCGAUGCUGGAGCUUACGAGCAACAGACCGCACAUACAGUUAUUUUAUUUAUUAGCGUCUUAAUCUUGAGCCUAAUUUCGCUAUGCCGUAUGCCAACCAGCCCACAGUGAAAAUCACGGAGCUGACGGACGAGAAUGUGAAGUUUGUGAUCGAGAACACGGAUCUCGCGGUGGCAAACUCAAUUCGACGUGUAUUCAUGUCAGAAGUUCCAACCAUCGCUAUCGAUUGGGUUCAGAUUGAUGCCAACUCCUCUGUGCUCCAUGAUGAAUUUAUUGCACACAGAGUGGGGUUAAUUCCACUCACGAGUGAUGACAUUGUUGACAAGAUGCAGUACUCACGAGACUGCACAUGUGAUGAUUUCUGCCCAGAGUGUUCGGUUGAGCUCACGCUGGAUGUAAGAUGUGCAGAAGACCAGACACGACACGUGACCUCACGAGAUCUCCUGUCCAAUAACCCCCGAGUCAUCCCUGUAACAUCCAGAAGUCGAGACAACGAUCCCAAUGACUACGUAGAGCAGGAUGACAUCCUAUUGGUGAAGCUCAGGAAGGGCCAGGAGCUGCGUCUCAGAGCAUACGCUAAAAAGGGUUUUGGCAAGGAGCAUGCCAAAUGGAAUCCCACUGCAGGGGUGGCAUUUGAGUACGACCCAGACAAUGCACUGAGACACACGGUGUACCCAAUUCCACAGGAAUGGCCUAAAAGUGAGUAUUCAGAAAUUGAAGAGGAUGGAGUUGAAGCUCCAUAUGAUCCUAACGGCAAGCCAGAAAGAUUCUAUUACAACGUGGAGUCCUGCGGUUCACUUCGGCCUGAGACCAUUGUCAUGUCAGCUUUCGCUGUACUUAAGAAGAAACUGAGCGAUCUGCAGACGCAGCUCAGCCAUGAAAUUCAAAGUGAUGUGCUCACCAUUAACUAAACUGUUAAAAUACUGCUUUUUGGAUCACACAUUUUGGAAAAAUAUAUUUUUUCAGCUGUUAUGUUUUUGCAUGCAACUGUAUUAUGGUGGAGAAUUCUAUGAAUAAUAAUAAACAAACAUAUUGUUGUUUCAUUACACGAGUUGCACAAUGUGGAAACAAACCAAAAAAAAAAAACUAUGAACACCAGAGAGCAGGGUUUGCGUGAAAAAUAGAUCAAGAGGCUAUUCUGUUGAUUGAAACAUGAUUGAAACAUGAAGAGACGGCAUGUAUGGUCAUGACAGAGCAUUGAACAGCAUGCCGAUAAUGGCAACAUUUUAUUUCAAGCCAAACAAGCCCUGAAAUGGAUGUAACAAGUUUCCAGAAAACCGUCCCGAGACAAACUGUGUGAGCAAAACACAUGGAAGGAACAAGAGCUACGCAAGUACGAGAACAGAUUGUGCAAUCAUGUUUAUUCGUCCCGUAAAUUUUGGUUGUUGCAAAUACACAAGUAUCGAGGGAUUUGGCGGAAGGUGCAAUCCCAAAAACUUCUUUGAUUUUAAUCAUGAAUUCUAGUUGAGCACAAGAUUACAGCAACAUAGAUCAAGUGAAUGCAUUCCUCACAAGAAGUGUGUGAGACAUAACUAUAUGAAGAAGAACCAGAACUCGUAGUCCAGGACCUACUGGAAACUUCUGCGUGUCUUCAUAUAAAAUGGGGUUUCAAAAUCGAAUUCUGCAUACACAACGAUUCAGUGCUAAAACUGUCAUUUGCCAGACAAAUAAAGUGUCAGUUUGCAGUUACCGUAUGGUGUAAAAUUGCGGUCACACUAGCGAAAUUUAGUGGGCAAAAA